CGCUCCGUUUCACAUUCCAUUCUUUUCUACUCAUUCAACGCUACCUCGCUUCCACGCUAAACUCGGACGAGGAAGCGUCGAUAAAUCUCGUUGUUCAAUGGUGAAAUUAAUGCGUUUCACUUGUUAGAGAUCACGAAUUCCACAUGUGAAUGAUAAAGAGAAACGAAGAAGGAAAGAGUAUGUAUCUCUAUAAUAUAGGGUACCUCUUUAACGACAUUUGUAAAUAUUAUGAGAACUUCAUUUCGAACGAAAAGCGAAGAGAUAAGAUGAGCAAAAAGAUUUUGCACGAGUCAUCAUCAUACGUCAUCAUUAAAUUAUGUUAAAUUAUUAAAUUAUUUAAGUACACUCAGACAACCAUUAACCUAUGACACGAUUUAAAUUGGAGAUCAGUCACGAUCAGUGUGACUCCAAAAUUAAAAUCGUUCCAAUGCUGCGAUUAAAAGCGCACUUGCUUCUUAGUAGCGAAUAGUAUCGAAUGCUACGACAAACAAACGUUUACGGGUUGUCCGCAUUUUUUUCUCCGUCUUCUGCUCAUUUGGUGCUGGUCAUUUGAUAAUAAAAGUUUGAUCAGGCGAGAUCAAGAAUAUCUUCGUCAUGACGGAGGAUAGCACGGUGCCCGGUUUGGCUUAUCUGGAAGUAAGAAAAGACAAGAAGAAAACCGCCUUCGGUUUUCUCGAGGCUAGGAAGAAAGUGGACGGCGCGGAAGGACUGUGGAGAAUCAGAAACAGCCUGUACGACUUGCAGACGUUCAUCAAGUCGCAUCCCGGGGGUGCGGAAUGGCUCCAGCUGACAAAGGGCACUGACAUCACUGAAUUAUUUGAGGUUCAUCACAUCACUGACAAGGCCGAGCGACUGCUACCGAAAUUUCAUGUUCGCGAGGCAACUGCUCCGCGAUCAGUACCGUGGACUUUUCAUCCGGACGGGUUUUACCGCACAUUCAAGAGGCGCGCGAUCGAGGCAUUGAAAAACGUCGAUUUCCACCGAUCGUCUCUGAUGUCAGAUCUUAUUACCGACUCCUUGGCGGCCAUGACUUUUGCACUGGCUUUAACUGGCGCUCUCGUUCAAUCCUACGCUCUUAUUUCCUUCGCCGGCAUUUUUCUAACGUGGACAGCGUUUGCGGGGCACAAUUAUUUUCACAUGAGAGACAACUUCCGCAUGUACUAUUUCGAUCUCUCCAUCAUGUCCUCGAAGGAAUGGCGUAUUACGCACGCGAUGAGUCAUCAUAUAUACCCCAACACAUUAUGGGACUACGAGAUAUACGUGACCGAGCCGUUUCUGAACUGGUUGCCUCAAAAGGAUAAAAGUUACAUCGUGGGAAUAUUCAGAAGCAUCAUCAGCCCUAUCGUUUGGAUGUUGAUGUUUUUAUUUCAAGGCGUAAAACGAUAUUACUCUGUAUUCAUGGAGUAUCGCGUCUUCGAAUAUCGCGACUUCGUACCGUUCAUACUGCCUCUCGCGAUGAGCCUGUUUGCGCCUACGAUUCUCAUCGCGUGGAAACUGUGGCUGACGAUGAUACUGGUCAGCAGUUUCUUGGGCGCCCUAAUUGGUUUCAACGCGGCUCACCAUCACCCGGACAUUUUCCAUGACGGCGACAUUUACAGGGAUAAUAUGGACUGGGGCCUGCUCGAAUUGGAUUCCGUGCGCGACCGAAAGGUGAUAGACGACUCGACCUUCUUGUCGCUCACACACUUCGGCUCCCACACGCUACACCAUUUACUGCCCACCGUGGAUCAUCACUAUCUCUCGUUGUGCAUGCCUGCGUUCGUACAAACGUGCAAGGAAUUCAAAGUCAAGAACGACAAGUUUACGCAGUGGGAACUGAUCAAGGGGCAAUUUCAGCAACUACUGCGAGACACGCCCAAAAAGAAUCAUAGAUAACAUGUUAUUUUAUAUAUUGUGCAGAAAAUGAGCAAUAAAAUUAAAGAAUAACUCAUCACAGCUAAUCGAUGAACGAUC